AUGAAAAGCAGCCCUAAGCGUAAAUAUGAGAAUUUCUCUGAACAUCAAGGAAAAGAAGCCGACAAGUAUUCUCUAGACAGCCAAGACACCGCCAGUCUGCAUUCUACGGAGGAGGCGCGGCGCGAAGUAAGCGCCGGCGCUGGUGACAUGUGGAUCAGCGCGGUCGAGAGUUCCAUACUCAGCUGGGAGGAGGUGGCUGAACGCCUCCAAGUAGAUGUCCGUAGAGGUCUAACAUGGCGGGAUGCAAACGAUCGUAUGAACUUCGUGGGUCCCAACGAGUUCCAGGUGAAGGAACAGGAACCACUCUGGAGGAAGUACAUAGAACAGUUCCAGAACCCGUUGAUACUUCUGUUGCUUGGUUCAGCCGUAGUGAGUGUGUGUAUGCGACAAUUCGACGAUGCUCUCUCAAUUACGAUUGCCAUCAUCAUAGUAGUGACUGUGGCCUUCGUACAGGAAUACCGUUCAGAGAAGUCUUUGGAAGAGUUGAACAAACUCGUUCCACCAUCAUGCAACUGUCUCCGCGAGAGUCGUGUCGAACAUUUCCUGGCUCGUAACUUGGUUCCCGGUGAUAUUGUCCAUCUUAAUGUGGGAGACAGAGUACCGGCUGAUCUUCGUCUUUACGAGUCCACUGAUCUGGCGAUAGACGAGUCCUCCUUCACUGGCGAGACGGAACCGGCUGUUAAGAGUGUCCUGCCGAAUAAAGCUAUGGCUGGCAGAGUUAAUAAGGAUAACAUAGCCUUCAUGGGAACUCUUGUGCGAUGUGGUAAUGCGAAGGGUAUAGUUGUAAGUACUGGCGAAAGAUCAGAAUUCGGUGACAUUUUUCGUAUGAUGCAAGCGGAAGAAUCUCCUAAAACUCCACUCCAGAAAUCCAUGGACACUCUUGGCACUCAGCUGUCUAUGUAUUCGUUUGGGAUCAUAGGUCUUAUUAUGGUUGCUGGUUGGCUGCAAGGCAAAGCUAUACAAGAGAUGUUCACGAUCGGCGUCAGUUUAGCCGUUGCUGCUAUCCCUGAAGGUCUACCAAUUGUGGUGACUGUGACAUUAGCAUUGGGUGUCAUGCGGAUGGCCAAGAGAAAUGUCAUUGUCAAGAAGCUGCCAACAGUUGAGACACUGGGUGGCGUCAAUGUCAUUUGCAGCGAUAAAACAGGCACAUUGACUAAGAACGAAAUGACAGUGACGACGUUAUCAACAUCGGGUGGUCACAUAGCGGAGGUGACGGGCGCCGGGUACAGCUGUAGGGGAGACAUACAGCUGAGGGCUUACAAGGGGAGGGACCUGGAUGUAGCUAGGAUGGGGGUCAACAGUAUGCUGGAGGUAGGAAUUCUGUGCAACAACGCGUUUAUCCGUGACGAAGUAUUAUACGGCCAGCCUACAGAGGGCGCUUUACUGGCGUGCGCUAUGAAGAACGAUAUGCGUGAUCUCAGGGAACAAUACAACAGACUUAAUGAAAUACCUUUCAGUUCAGAAACAAAGAUGAUGGUGGUGAAAUGCGCUCCUAAAUUCGGCGAUGGGAAAUUGAAGGAAGAGGUAUUCGUUAAAGGCGCCAUCGAGAAAGUGUUGCCAUUGUGUACACAUUAUAUUGACAGCGCGGGAAAUUACUCGCCAAUGACGAAAGAAAAACACGGGGACUUUUUGAAAGAAGCAUACAACAUUGGACGGAUGGGUCUUCGUAUAAUAGCGUUAUGCCGCGGGUCUAGUCUUGAGUCUUUAACGUACACCGGUAUGUGUGGUGUGUGUGAUCCGCCGCGGGAAUCAGCUAGACCGGCCGUCGCUGCUCUACGGUCAGCUAGUGUACAUCUAAAGAUGCUUACCGGGGACGCUAAACCUACGGCGCUAGCUGUUGCUCAAAUGGUGGGUCUAGAUGUUCAUCACUCCCAGUCUCUCAGCGGCGACCAGUUAGACGGGAUGUCGGACGACGAAUUAGACGCUAUUAUUGAUAGUGUGACAGUAUUCUAUAGAGUGACACCCAAACACAAGCUGGCUAUUGUGAAGUCAUUACAACGACUUGGAAAUAUUGUUGGGAUGACUGGUGAUGGUGUGAAUGAUGGUGUAGCAUUGAAGAGAGCAGACAUCGGCAUAGCGAUGGGCAAGAACGGGACAGACGUGUGUAAAGAGGCAGCGGACAUGAUACUUGUUAAUGAUGACUUUGCUACCAUCAUUUCAGCCAUCGAGGAGGGCAAGUGCAUCUUCUACAACAUCCGUAACUUCGUUCGUUUCCAACUAUCAACGUCUAUAGCUGCACUGAUGUUAGUGGCGCUUGCCACACUCAUGGGUGUACCGAACCCGCUAAACGCUAUGCAGAUAUUGUGGAUUAAUAUUAUUAUGGACGGCCCGCCGGCGCAGUCGCUUGGAGUAGAGCCCGUGGACCACGAAGUGUUGAAGCAGAAGCCGCGUGACACAUCACGAAGGAUCAUCUCACGCUCGCUGUUGUUAUCAGUACUGUUAUCAGCGGCUAUCAUCAUCGCUGGGACGUUAUUCGUGUUUAAUAGAGAGAUGUCAGACAACAAGAUAACUCCUCGCGACACAACAAUGACGUUCACAUGUUUCGUGUUAUUCGACAUGUUCAACGCCCUCUCGUGUCGCUCACAGACAAAGUCCGUGUUCCAAAUAGGAUUGUUCUCUAACAGAGUGUUCCUCAUAGCAGUGACCCUAAGUCUCGUGGGCCAGAUGUUGGUAAUAUAUUUCCCUCCGUUACAGAAAGUAUUCCUCACCGAAGCUCUAUCUCAUUUUCCUGGUAUGUUUGACAUCAAGUGUGUUCGUCGUGAGCGAGAUCAAGAAACUCAUCGAGCGUACGCUGCGCCGGCGCACCUACGGAAAAUACUCGACGAAGGCCCACGACGCACUGGAUUUUGUAUGACACGAGUCCGAACGGAAGACUCAGUAAAUCGGGACAUUAAACGGGACAUUAAUCGGGACAGUGUCCCGUCCGUCAGUGGCAUAGUACACGACGAAUGUCUCUGUGAUAGAAUGAGAUCGGCCAUUACUGAAGUCAGUGUUAAAACUAGAUGUGUUUUUAGUGAUAACUACGAUCCCAGAAUAAAACUAUUUCUUUUCGAGGGAAUAGUUAAAUCAGAUAAUGGAACGAAAAUUGACAAGGAGAUAUGGGGCUAUGGCAGUAAAAAAAAAUAUGGCUGGGUUUAUGAAGAUUUCGAUAUUGAAUUGAAACUUGAACAAUCCAUAGAUUAUAGUGUCUUUGUUUCUGUUAAUAACCCUGGGUUUGAGGGAACUGGUGUUCUUGAAGAUCCGACCGCCCAUGGCCCUCAUUGCCCAAAAACAGCUACAAGGGUCCGUGGCGGUGUAGCUUGUGCCAAAGAGGUCAUCUUCGAAGAUAACUUCAAUCAAUUCAGAGACGAUUUGUGGCAAAUAGAGCACUACAUACCAAUCGAUCACCCGGAACAUCCUUUUGUAUCAUACCAAAGACGAACAACAGAUCAAACAGUGAAGAUAGAAAAUGGAACUCUUCAAAUCAUACCUAGAAUACAACAGGAUCUCUUGAAGAAUGGAUCCAUUUUGACUGCUACUUUGGAUUUAAAUAGUGGAUGCACCCAACCCUUGUGUUCUAUUCGUGCUACUGGAGCAGAGAUCUUACCGCCGAUAGCAAGCGGUAGGCUCACCACCGCUAGAUUUGGUUUCACGUAUGGAAAAAUUCACAUCCGAGCCAAGGUUCCCUUAGGAGAUUGGAUCUAUCCAGAACUUUUACUGGUGCCGUUGUCUAAAAAAUAUGGUUCUUUAAAUGAUGCUUCAGGAAUUUUAAAAAUUGCUUUAGUGCGAGGAAAUACUGCACCUGGUCUCCAUAAAAUUGGAAGUAACUUUCUCGCCGGAGGUCCAAUCAUCAAUGCAAAAUGUCGCACUGCAUUAGACUUUUAUUACAAAACCAUACCUGAGGGCACCUGGGGCGAUGAUUUCCACGUAUAUACUCUGCAUUGGGCACCAGAUCAAUUAGAAUUCCUUGUAGAUAAUGUACAAUACGGUUUAUAUAAGCCGGGUGCUUCUGGUUUGAAGUCGUGGCUGCCAUCUUCGUGUAGAGGUCCGUGGUUUGAUCUUCUUAAGUCUGGAGGAAUGAUGGCUCCUUUUGAUGAUCAUUUUCAAAUAGUAUUAGGAGUGGCUGUGGGAGGAAGUACGGUGUUUCCUGAUGAUGUAAAAUCAUCAAACGGUGAAAAUAAACCUUGGAGGAACCGAGGUCGUAAAGCAAGUUUAAGCUUUUGGCAGAAUAAGGAUACAUGGCUGAAGACGUGGACACAACCAGCCUUAGUCAUAGAUUACGUCAAAGUUGUGGCCUUAUGA